GUCCAUUCCAGUAACCAUAAAGGGGAGAUAAUCUCUAUGGAAAAAAUAUAUAUCAGUCAAGGGUUCAAUAUAGAUAAAGUAAACAAUCAUACUUUGAGGAUUGGCCAUUCAGCUUGGUACCGGUAUUGCAAGUUCUUUCAGCAAAGCAUUGCUUGGCCGACGAAAUUUGGCCGUCGCUUUAAAUACGAAAACCAAUUCCCUUACAACUCCGCUAGCUGCUAUCUCCAGAAUAUCGAUCUGUUUGGGGUUUAACCUUCCAUCGCCUGAGAAAACUUGGAGCAGAACCUUUCACAUCGUCUCAUUCGAUUACAGCCCUUCACACCACUUUUUUGAUCUCAGCCUUCGAUACUUUCGACCAAAUCAAUGUUUG